AUGAUUGAUUACUACUACGACAAACUACUUGGAGCCGAUGCUUGGAUUGAAAAAGAGAAGAUUCGAAAUGCGUUGUAUGAGUUUGAAAAUGCAUACAAGUCUAAGUCUUCAGAUGCUCUUAGUGGUGUCAAUGGGAGCCAAUCGUCAUCGACUUCUCGUAAUGUCGAAGGAAACAAAUCAGUGUUGGGGUCGGAUUGCACACACCUCAUUGUGCCUAUGGACAACAUUGAAGAGUAUUUAAGUGAGCAGUGCGAUGGUCAAAAUGAUAAGUCUGAUUUCGAUAGGUACUUGGCUGAUAAAUUGUUGCCUCGAAACAAUGACUUCGAUAUCUUAACUUGGUGGAAGACAGAGGGCAUUAGGUAUGGCACAUUACGUUUGAUUGCUAGAGAUAUUUAUGCCAUUCCUGUUUCUACGGUUGCUUCAGAGGCUGUUUUUAGCACGAGUGGUAGAAUUGUGAGCAAGCAUCGGAGCAGACUCAUCCCAGACAGUUUGGAGGCAUUGAUGUGUUCCCAAGAUUGGUUGUGGGAAACAAUGGAUGAUGGAGCCUCCACGUCCUCUUUUCCACCACCUAGUGUGUCUAAUGGGUGCGACUGCUUUCACUUGUGA